AUGAAGGAUCUAACGCUGGAGAAAGCCGUCCAGAUAGCAAUCACGAUGGAGCUAGCGGAAAAGGGAGCUUUACAAAUAUCUACAGAUCAACCAGCGCAAGUGGAUUCGUUACACUUCAACCAACAGAGGAAGACGAGCAAGAUAUGUGGCAAAGGGCAUUAUGCUUCCAAGUGUGCUCUAGAUAGGAAUGUGAAGUGCCAUAGCUGUGGAGGUAAAGGACACCUCAAUAGUGUAUGUUUCAAAGCAAAGAGCGCUUUAAAUCAAGUAGAGGAGGUGCUGGUGAGUGAACCAGCUACAAAUAAGCAACGUCGCGACUUUCUGCCGGAACAAGGCGGCUGUCGUGGUAAAAUUUACACAACUUUACAGUUAAAGAAGAUUUUAGAAAAAGUAGAUUCUUCGGAUUGGGCCACACCGGUAGUACCAGUACUUAAGAAGAAUAAUCGCAUUCAAAUAUGCGGUGAUUUCAGUAUUACGAUAAAUCCAAACUUAGAAAUCGAUGAUCAUCCGUUGCCAUCUGUAGAAGAAUUAUUCGCGAUCGUUGCGGGUGAUAAGGAAUUUACAAAAAUCGAUAUAAAAGAAGCUUAUUUACAAUUAGAAGUUCGACCGGAGGAUAGACAUCUCCUUACAUUAAAUACACAUAGGGGAUUAUACCGUUGCAAACGACUCCUUUAUGGAAUUGCUUCAGCACCAGCUAUCUGGCAGAGAACCAUGGAGAACAUUUUGAAAAGCAUUCCUGGCGUGGCGGUAUUUUUAGACGACGUAGUCAUUACAGAGAAAAGCGAAUUUUUCAAGGAAGAAAUUAAUUAUUGCGGCUACAUUAUAAACGAAAAAGGAAUACACAAAGAUCCAACGAAGUUGGAAGCAAUUAAAGGAAUGUCAAAACCUACAAAUUUGACAGAAUUACGUAGAUUGCACGAAAAUGUACAGAAAUUGUUAAACCAAUAUAGAAUAACACCGCAAACUACAACCGAGGAAGAGCAUGAAAUGCCACCACCUCAUUCGGAGGAUUCCGAGAGAUCGGAACCACAGCAGUUAGUUCACGAGGAACAAAUUACACACGAAGCAAAUGCCCCGAUGCCACAUCAACCGGGCGAAACGCCACCACGACGUACCUCGAUAGCUGUAAAAAGGGUACGUGAAAGUUCCGAAGGAACGCCCGACGAAGCACGCCGGAGUCCUAGAAGAAAAAGAAGGAAACCUUACUAUCUUAGAGAUUACGUACGGCAUAAGAACAUUUGGAAACUGGCAUUCGAAUCCAGAACAGAUGCCAAUAAUGUUGUGAACAAUCCGUACCUUAAGAAAAAGGGUAUGGAUGCAUUUAUUCCAAGAUCCAUGUUAUACCACAAGAGAGUAAUAACUGGAAUUCCCUUAGACGUCACUAUGGAGGAAAUUACUGAAAUCAAUACGAUUAAUAAAAAUUUGAAGGUAUCUAACGCAUUUAGGCUAAAGAAAAAGGACAAAUCAGAGGGCAAACGGGUUGAUUCGGCCACUGUGUGCGUAGAAUUCAAAGGAUUUGUUUUAACUGUGGCCGAUUAG